UCCAAGAACCGGCGCAAUGGCAGAGUGAGGAGUAAAUGGCUCAGAGUGUCCGCGGCGGAAAGCGACCUGAACACCGGACUGAGAGCCCACAAACAAACCCAGCAGAGCGGGAAGCCGUCACACCACCCGGGGACACUUUCAAUCCGACACUUUCAGCCCGUUUUAUUCCUCUUCUUCUGUUUUUUUGUGUGUGAGCGCGCGUUAGAACAGCGAGGAUAUCUUAAUUUGGACAUGUGAGUUAUACGGGAGUUAACAAGACAAGGAGGCUUUCUUCUUCUUCUUCUUCCUCCCCCUCUUCUUCUUCUUCUCCUGGUUUUGGAUCAAAGAUGAAGUUCCAGGCGUGCGUUUUAGUCACUUUGGCGGUGAUCAGCUGGAGUGCAGCGCAGUCAGUCUGCCCGGGUACGGAGAACAAGCUGAGCACGCUGUCCGACCUGGACCAGCAGUACCGCACCCUGAGGAAGCUCUACGAGAACUGCGAGGUCGUCAUGGGCAACCUGGAGAUCACCAGCAUCGACCGAAAUCGCAACCUGUCCUUCCUGAAGUCCAUAAGAGAAGUGACGGGUUACGUGCUGGUGGCGCUGAAUCAGUUCGAGUACCUGCCGCUGGAGAACCUGCGGAUCAUCCGAGGCACAAAGCUGUACGAGGGCCGCUACGCUCUGGCCAUCUUCCUCAACUACAGGCGGGACGGCUUCUACGGCCUGAGGCAGCUGGGCCUCCGCAACCUGACGGAGAUACUGAGCGGCGGCGUCUACGUGGACCAGAACAAGUUCCUGUGCCAUACUGACAACAUCCACUGGCGCGACAUUAUCAAGAACCCCCAGGCGGAGCUGCUGGUGGUUCCGUCCAACAACAGCAACAACGGAUGCAGGCGCUGCCAUCGCUCCUGCACCGGACGCUGCUGGGGUCCUCAGGAAAGCCAGUGUCAAACAUUGACAAAAUCGGUGUGUGCAGAGCAGUGUGACGGUCGCUGCUCCGGGUCUUACGUCAACGACUGCUGCCAUCGAGAAUGCGCCGGCGGCUGCUCUGGCCCCAAGGACACCGACUGCUUUGCCUGCACCAACUUCAACAACAGCGGCGCCUGCGUCACCCAGUGCCCCCAGCCGUUCGUCUACAACCCCACCUCCUUCCAGCUGGAGCCCAAUCCCCGAGCCAAGUACACCUACGGAGCCUUCUGCGUGAAGAAAUGCCCCCAUAACUUCGUGGUGGACCACAGCUCCUGCGUCAGAGCGUGUCCCAGCAACAAGAUGGAGGUGGAGGAGAACCGCAUCAAAAUGUGCAUCCCGUGCACCGACAUCUGCCCUAAAGUGUGCGACGGCAUCGGGACGGGCAUUCUCCAGACAGCUCAGACCGUGGACGCCAGCAACAUAGACAAGUUCGUCAACUGCACCAAAAUCAACGGCAAUCUCAUCUUUCUCAUCACCGGCAUCAAAGGGGACAUGUACCACGGCAUCGGACCUUUGGACCCGGAGCGUCUCAGCGUCUUCCGCACCGUCAAGGAGAUCACAGGGUACCUGAACAUCCAGUCUUGGCCUGAAAACAUGACAGAUCUGAGCGUUUUCUCCAACUUGGCGACCAUCGGAGGCAGAACUCUUUAUAGUGGGAUCGGCAUUUCUCUGCUGAUCCUGAAGCAGCUCGGGAUCUCUGCCCUCCACUUCCAGUCUCUGAACGAGAUCAGUGCCGGAAACGUCUACAUCAUGAACAACACCCGCCUCUGCUUCUACAACACCGUCAACUGGACGUUGCUGUUCAGGACCUCGAGCCAAAAGGUCGUCGUCCGCAACAACCAGGACCCCAUGGAGUGCACUCAGCACCGGAUGGUGUGCGACCACAUGUGUUCGGACGACGGCUGUUGGGGCCCGGGGCCCGACCAGUGCCUCUCCUGCCGCUACUUCAAACGAGGCCGCACCUGCGUGGAGUCCUGCAACCUGUUUGACGGGGAAGAGCGGGAAUUUGCCAAUGGGUCCGUGUGCCUGGACUGCGACAGCCAAUGCGAGAAGAUGGACGGAAACAGCCUAACGUGUUUUGGCCCGGGCCCAGACCAGUGUGUACAAUGCCUUCACUUCAAAGAUGGGCCCAACUGUGUGGAGAAAUGCCCCGACGGACUGCAGGGCGCCAACAGCUUCAUUUUCAAAUACGCCAAGGCCAACAACGAGUGUCAUCCCUGCCACGCCAACUGCACCCAGGGGUGCAUCGGGCCGCGGCUCCAGGACUGCGUGGGGAUGAUGGACAGGACGCCGCUGAUAGCCGCCGGUAUCAUUGGUGGGCUGUUCAUCGUCGUCAUCCUGGCGCUCAGCGUGGCCGUUUUCGUUCGACGCAAAAGCAUCAAGAAGAAGAGAGCCUUGAGACGCUUCCUGGAGACAGAGCUGGUGGAGCCCCUGACCCCCAGUGGCACCGCCCCCAACCAGGCUCAGCUGCGCAUCCUGAAGGAGACGGAGCUGAAGAGGGUCAAGAUCCUGGGCUCUGGAGCGUUUGGAACCGUCUAUAAGGGCAUCUGGGUCCCGGAGGGCGAGACGGUGAAGAUUCCCGUCGCCAUAAAGAUCCUGAGCGAGGCCACGGGUCCCAAAGCCAACGUGGAGUUCAUGGACGAGGCACUGAUCAUGGCCAGCAUGGAGCACCCCCACCUGGUGCGCCUCCUCGGUGUGUGCCUGAGCCCCACCAUCCAGCUGGUCACCCAGCUCAUGCCCCACGGCUGUCUCCUGGACUACGUCCACGAGCACAAGGACAACAUCGGAUCGCAGCUGCUGCUCAACUGGUGCGUCCAGAUCGCAAAGGGGAUGAUGUACCUGGAGGAAAGGCGGUUAGUCCACAGAGACCUGGCGGCUCGGAACGUGCUCGUCAAGUCCCCCAAUCACAUCAAGAUCACCGACUUCGGCUUGGCCCGGCUCCUGGACGCCGACGAGAAGGAGUACAACGCGGACGGGGGCAAGGUUGGUAUGCCCAUCAAGUGGAUGGCUCUGGAGUGCAUCCACUACAGGAAGUUCACCCAUCAGAGCGACGUGUGGAGCUACGGAGUGACCAUCUGGGAGCUGAUGACAUUCGGCGGCAAACCGUACGACGGCAUCCCCACGCGGGAAAUCCCAGAUAUCCUGGAGAAGGGCGAGCGACUGCCGCAGCCUCCCAUAUGCACCAUCGACGUCUACAUGGUCAUGGUGAAAUGCUGGAUGAUCGAUGCAGACAGCAGGCCCAAGUUCAAGGAACUGGCUGCAGAGUUCUGCAGAAUGGCCCGUGACCCCCAGCGGUACCUGGUCAUCCAGGGAGACGACCGCAUGAAGCUGCCCAGCCCCAACGACAGCAAGUUCUUCCAGAGCCUCCUGGACGAGGAGGACCUGGACGACCUGAUGGACGCCGAGGAGUACCUGGUGCCUCGAGGUUUCAACAUGGCCGCCACGUCGGGCUCCGCGAGGCCCCGCGUUGACUCCAACCGAAACCAGUUUGGCUAUCGGGACGGGGGCCCGAACACAGUGGAGGGGUCUCUGGUGGGGGCCCAUGGCGGAGGGAACCAGGAGGCAUCCAGCAGCCAGGGCCCAGUUCUGGAGGACCAGCGCUGUAACGGGAGCCUCCAUAAAAGCAGCCAGAGCCAAGCCGGGGCGGAGGACCCCGGGGCCCAGAGGUACAGCGCCGACCCCACCAUCUUCCUGGGGGACAGGACGUCCAGAGGGGACACCGACGAGGACGGCUACAUGACAGCCAUGAAGGACAAGAGCUCCUCAGAGUACCUGAACCCCGUUGAGGAGAACCCGUUUGUAUCCAGACGUAAAAACGGUGAGAUCCACGCAUUGGACAACCCGGGCUACCACAGCACGCCCAACAGUCAGCCCAAAGGAGAGGACGAGUACAUCAACGAGCCCCUUUACCUCAACACCUUCCACAGUCCUGCUGAGCUGGGCCUGGAAGCCCUGAGAAGGAACGGCCUUCCCUUACCCAGCAUGCCUCCGUCCUCCAUCUCGGCCUCAGCGCCAGGCUCCCACCUCCCGCUCACCGUUCAGACCAGUCUGCCUCACUACCCCCUAUCCUCGGCCCAGCCGUCUCCGGCCGGCCUGCCCUGCCUCCAUGCUCCGGCAGCCCACAUCCUCCACCCCCAUAACGCCAUCAAACCUGCAGGGCCGUCUGGAAAUCCAGGUGGCUCCGUCCCUCCCAGCCAAACAGGAACUUCUGCUCCAGCCCCAGUGAGCCUAUCAGGUUCCCUGUCCACCUCGGCCACCCUGGGCCACGGUAGCCUCCCAGCCUACCAGAGCUACACCACCUCCCACCCCGGCAGCCUGCUGAAGCAUGGAGGGCAUACGUCAGGGAAAGCCAGCGGGAAGAAGCUCAAGGUAACCUUUGACAAUCCUGAAUAUUGGCAGCACAGCUUGCCUCCAAAGUCCUCCUUACAGGUGGCCCCUGACGGGGCCCAGGGAGGCCCCGCCAACGCCAAGCUUUUCUACAAGCAGAAUGGACACAUACGGCCCCCGGUGGCUGAAAACUCUGAGUACAUGUCUGAAUUUGCCCUGAAGUCCGGCACUGUUCUGCCGCCUCCACCCUACAGGCAGAGAAACACUGUGGUCUAGAUCAUCCACCAGCUCUAGACUCCUGCCACCCAGACACCAUCAGUGGCGUCAAAGACCCGCCUGACUCUUUCCAGAGAUUGCGCCACCUGCUGUAGCAACAUCCAAAGGAGUUGGACAGGUACAACCAACUCAGACACCUUCCCUACAUCCAGUCCAUCUCCGUUUUUGUAGAUAGAGACUAUCUUCCAACGCAUUGAGAUGGCCAUGGCAACAAAGAUCAGGCAACGAAAGAUGGAGGCACUCUGUGUUGUUGGCGCACAACUCUCGGACUUAAAAGGAUCAAGCUCUGGGGACAUGAACUCACUGCCAGCCACCUCAGUGUCACUUUUGUGAAAGAAACACAAGGUUUUCUGUUAUUUUCCAGCAAAAAUAAAACAAAGCCAGAAGAUGAGCAAUAGAUUCCGAAACAAGAAAAAUUAGUCAGGAUUUGCAAUGAAAAAAAGCGAAAUGUGGGAAACUGAGGCUUUAGUUUUUGGAGAGAGCAGCAGAAUCAGACUUAUCAGUCAUAUUCAGUGUUUUUGCCUUUCGGAUUAUACCGCGUGUUCUUGAAUUUUCCAUUGAAUAUGUGAAACCCAUCUAAUCCUACUGUUACUGUGAUACUGUGAUGGCCAGAACUACAGUGAUCUCUUUUAUUUGUAGUUCAACCACAAACUGUAAACUAAUCGCCUAAAAAUCUCCUGGGCAACAGCAGUUUUUUUUCUUCUUCUUUUUGUUAUAAACUUGGAGACUAUGAUCAAUAUAAUCUAGGAACAAAAAAAAAGUACACUGUUAUUACUUUUCUACACACUGGUUCCGGUGCGGAAAAGUUGCAUUUUCGACACUGGUUUUCCAUCCACACCGCAACGCUAACUUUGAGGAGUAAAUGUUAUGGAAAUUGCUGCAUCCAGCCAAAUUGUGUGUGAAGAUCAUCCAAAAAGGGUCGGAACUCAAAGUGGGGAUCACAGGGCGAGAGAAUGUCAGACAUCUACUGGGAGGACGAGGGAAGGUUCCUACAAGCCGACUAAUGAAGACCUCAAGGAAUGAAGAAGGCAGCACCAGCAGAGCACAGACUACUUUUUAAUGUGUGGAUCUGGGUUUGCAUCAGUGUGACGGCAUGUGUGUGUGUGUGUGUGUGUUUCAACAAGCUAGCCUGGCCCCUUUGAGAACGAGAGAAAAACAAGUUGCAGAAAUCAGCCGCAGUGUAAUUGACAGCUACCGAUAUCAACCAGCCGCAGGCCUAAACAAAGGCCUUUAGACGUACGGAUAAUGAGAAAUAAAGGGUUAACUGAAGGCUCUUAGAGCGGGCCAACGGCAGCAAAUCUCGUGAAACAUUUCAGAGUCCCUGCAAAUCAGCUUGGUUGAGUUCAGGAACACGUGGUUUUACACUGGAUCUGUUGACAAACCCUUACAUGGAUCGAUUUGGUCAUGAAAUGUUGAUGGAAGCCAUGUUCUCUUCUGGAAGCCGUUUCAUGAGUAACGUAGACUACGUUACUCCUAGGACACCAAUACCUUAAACUCUUUCAAGUGAACCUAUCUUCACCAAAAUGUUGUGGUUUCUUACCGGCUGUCGGGUGGUGUAGAGUUGCAGUUAGCUCUUUAGCUUUAGCCACAUGACUGUCUAUGUCUUUACUUUGCCACUUGAAGCUCUGUACACACUUAAAACACUCUGGUCACACCAGCACUUCCUCUUUACAUGGAUCAACAUUAAAAAUGUUGUGAGGUAAAAAGCCUAGGUGAACCGGUAACCAAACCACGCCCACUUCUUCUUUCCACUAGAACAGUUUGUUUUUUAAUUACCAAAGUAAUUUGACAUUUUUGUACCGAUAGUGCUUCCGUCUUCAGUUGGUGUCUAUAGGUUUGUGUGCAGACAUAAGUUUCUCUACAAAGUGUCUGCUAAAUAAUACCUUAUGAAUAUGACAACUUUGGUUUAUUAAGCAUAGUUAUGAUGAUCACCAGUAGCAUAAAGCCAAGAACCACAAAAUUCCUCCAACUCCAAUGUUCUUUAUUGACGCAUAACUUUUAACGCCUAAAACACCAAGGACAUUUACCUGUUAAGUAUUUAAUUUGCUUAAUUUUGGUUUAAUAAAUUUAUUAGUUUGACUGGACUCGGACUGGAUGCCUUAAAAAAAAACCUUUACAUAACCUCCUCCACACUUAUUGGGAAAACAUCCUGUGCAUGAUGCCAUGCAGUCCAACGGGAUUCCUAGGGCCUUUGGAAGAGAAGCUAGCCCACAGCACCACAGAUCCUCCACCGUAUUCUCCAGUGAACAUGAGGUGGAAAUACUUUGUGCUUAUUUUAGUUGUACGUUUGGCAUAAGUAGUUGUGUAAAAAACUGAAAUUUGUAAUAGAUAAAAUGUUGCAUUUUUCUAAAACCUUUCACCUUUAAUAGGUGCGCUAGGAAAUGUGGAUGGAACUCCAGGUAACCUGUAUCUGUAUGGUUGUUUUUACUUCGUUUUUUCCUAAAAUAACGUUGGUCUCCCUCCCUCAGAAACUGUAAAAAAUUUUUAAAAAUUCAGUAUAGGCUCAGUCCAAAAAGAAACCCGCUGAAACAGAGCCGAAGUUGAACGUGGUGAAAGCUUCACAUUUUCUGUUUUAAAUACACAAUAAAGGCACCACAAUUUCACCGUAUUAUUUCAACUGCUGCCAAAAUAACCCAACACAAUGAUUGUUAGGAACAAUGGCAUCUUCACAUUUGUUUUCAGUUUUGAAAUGAAGGCUAAACCUAAAAUACCGAUCAAAUUUAGCUCUAGCAUUUUGUUGAAAAGACUUUAAACCGUAGACUUUCUUUUUCCACCGAAACGACGAAACGGCAAUGACGCUAUCCGUUUCGAAGCCGUUCAGUCAUUUUGGCUUCUGCUCUUCUCUGUUGGUGGCAGUGAAGACGAUGCCUGGCGAUUUAAUUUCUCACGAGACACAUGGUUAUUCCUGCAGAAAGUCUACCUUAAUAAUAGAUAUAAAGAAAGAAUGCUAAGCUAAUAUUUUGAAGCUAACAGAUUCAUACGCACAUUUUACGUUAUUGUGGUUCCACAAGUCAUUUGGUUGAUUUAUGUCGUUUAUUUAAGCCACAGGAUAACAGCCUGUAGCCAAAAUCCACAGAUCCGUUCCAACGUAUGCUAAUGGCGUCGUUAAAUGUGUCCUGGUGUAUUGUUCCGAAUACCUGUGAAAAAAGAAUUGAUUAAUCUUUCCUCUCAAGAAAACGGUCGUUACAUUCGCCACUGAUGCCUCUUCGGGCAAACGAAGAAAAACUUUGUUGGUGUUGAAAGUUUUUAAAACGGCUAACAUUGCUCACUUUGUAUUGCUCGGCGUUAAAACUGCAUCUGAGCUAUUUUCUUAUUUACCUUACUUAUAUAUUUGAGCAUUCACAUGUAAAAGCUGCGUGCGUUUUAUUCAUUUCCCCCGGAGCGCUUUGAUCAGAGACGCGGAUCGAAAUUGUCUGUUUCCAUCUUGUCCCACUGAAAUAUUCAACAUGUUUUGCUGCUAGUUUAACACUUAAGAAAUCAAAUGUUCAAGCGUGAGUUUGAGGAAAGUGAUGCGUUCAAGAGUUCAACGGGAAAGAAACACAUUCGAAGGUGUUGCCUACCCGCCUAAAAAAAUGUUCUUGUUCCAAUGUUGUUUUUUAUGUUUAAUAUUACCAGAUUACGAAUAAUUUAUAAAGUAGUAUCUCGUAGCCACUUUUAGAACUCUUAAUUGUAUGAAAAAGGAACUGAAUUUAUAAUCAAAGUAAAAGAUUUAUUACACAUUUCAGCUUAUUUACACAGAGCAAAGGAAGCAACACUCAGUUCCCGGAUUUUGAACUGAAAAAAAGAGUGCAAAUGAAGACAUGCUUGACUUGGUUUGCCUUUAGAUAAACUUCAGGGAAAGGCAAAAUAUAUAACAACACAGAAUACAUAUAAAAAAAUCAUAGGAAAAUAGCCUAUAUUAGACCAAGCAGAUAACUUAAUUGUAAAAACACAGUGGCUCUAUUUGAACCCAAUCCAGUUUUUAUCGACGUGGUUUUCUUUUAGGAGCCCUGCUGGACUUUCAGCGUCGAUGAAAAAGUUUUUCUUUCUUUCUGUGAAGGAAAUGAUUAUUUUUGCUGCACUGAUGACUCAACGUUUCAAAUUUAUCUUGCUUUGAUCUGGGGCAGUGCUACCUGCUGCUACGGCCGAAGCAUUUGGGUGACUCACAGCAACAAUAACAGCCCUCAAACUGAUGGGUUUUUUUUAGUCCAAGUCCACACAUUCACGCGUCUUUUUUUUUUUUUUUAAGGUACCUUUCUGUAUGGCUUUGUAUUUGGUUUUAGUUGCAAAAAUCUCUUUUUGAAAUAUUUUUGAGCAGUUGGUUCCGUUGGCACAAAAAAAUGGGGAGCCCCAGAAGGCAACUUCAUGUUUUUACAGGCAGAUUUUUUCUGUUCGGACAGAUUUCUUUGUUAUUUUAGAACAUAUCUGGCACAGAUUGAUGUUUCUUUUGGAAAACCUGGUUAGUACUGCUGGCAUGGAAAACCGAAAUGCGAUCUGUUGUUUUCAUGGAUGGAGUUUUUUGGGUUUUUUUCCAGAAGUUUUCUUCUGGCCUAAUUUUUAUAUAGUGAAUUUAAUUUUAUGUUCCUGUUUAAGCCACAGCUCAAAGGCACAUCGCUUCGUUCCAAACAAAAUAGCUUUUUAACACUUGCAUAAAUUGAGCCCUCACCAGUUUUGGCUGUUGCCAUUAAAAACCUGAACACACGAAGGAUGGAGACAAGUAACUUUUCCACUGUGCUAUAUGAUAAAUUAGCUAGGCCAUUGACUACAAAUGAACAAAAACCACAGGCCAGUAUUGUCUUGAAAUUGUAGUUUUUGUGGAAAAACACCACCUCUUUAGAGAUGCUUCAACGUGUUUCUUACAAACCCAAUUAUGUAUGUGUGAAUUAGUUUAACGUUGCUUUCCAGGUCUUUGCCUAAAGAAGUCUUCACCAACAGACACUUUAGCUAGCUACACAUUUUUGUAUCGACAAAGAACUACUGAAGUACCUGAUAAUACUUUUUAUUUCUAUUAAAAAACAAUAUACAAAUGUAUGUGUGAACUUGGCAAAUCCUAAGCUACACAAACGCUUGUUGUGUAGUUUGGCCUUGUGCUAGCACGCUAGCAUGUACGUUUAGCGUCAUGUUGAUCCCCGCGUUGUACGAAGACCGCAGAGAAAGGCUACAAACAAAUGAAAAUUACUGUUUGAUACCGUGGUAAUUGUUGAAAAGGCCAUGAUAUAAAACUUUGGUCAUACUGCUCAGCUCUAAACUUAGUCAAACGAGGUUUAAUGGGAGGAACAUCUGUCACGUUUAAGAAAGAGUCCAUUCAAGCUGCUAUGUUGUGUAAAAUCUGUAUUCACAAAGACGCUGAUAUCGUUAACUUGGGCAAAUCUUUUAACGAAGGUCUAAAUCAGUUUCUGCUUCAGGGAUAGAAAAACAAAAAUGGUGGUCAUGUUAUGUACAUCACGUAUUUUUUUAUUUUUUAAAUAUUUGUAUCCGUUUUAUCUGUCGACAGAAAACUGAAAGGCUGAUAUUCACUAGAUUUCUUUUAAACCACAGAAUUGCAGCACUUUAAGCGCAUAUCCUUUUGUAAGCACAUGAAGUGAAGCUAUUGUACCUUUUUCUCCCAUCUAAACGGAUUUGUACUGUAAAUACGAAAACUGGAAGACAAAUAUUUGCGUCGUCAAAUGAACAGGAAGGUAAACAGCCGUGCUUGUUUAUGAAUUUAGCGGCACGAUUUCCACGUGCACCAAUUUUAAAUGAAGGCGAUGAAGACCUGAAACUACGUAGGUCUCAUGUUCUGAAGUUAGUUUUUCUCUUGUAUUUGAGAAACAGUUCAACGUGCUACUUAUAUUUUAUUAACUUUUUUGUGAGCUUGGACCAUAUUAUUUAAAUGAAUUUGUACAGUAGGCGCGAAAGACAGUUUAAAAAAACCCAAGUGUGAACAAAAUGUGUUAUUUAUUAUUUAUUUAAUAGUCUAACCGUGUACUGUACGUGUGAAGGAGGUAUAAAUACUGAUUUUUAAAAUAUUGUUUCACGCUACUGAUCACCUGAAGCUACACAGCAAAGGUCAUUUCUUGGCUGGUUUUCUUCCAUUCAGAAUAAAGCAGAGUUUGAUUUGUUGUAAAUAAUGUUUGCUUAAAGAGGCUCAGAAUAACCUUGACAUUGUUGUCCAGUGUACAAAAAAUUCAACAGAUAUUUCAGCAAGUUAGACAGCACAAACUGGGACUGAAAUAUUUCAAGAGAUAUCUGGGUGUGUGUGUGAGUGUGUGUGUGUGUGUGUGUGUGUGUGUGUGUGUGUUUUCUCCAUGCCAUCAAGGACGUAGUUCAUCCACUGUACAUUAUUUAACAUGUUUGUAAAAAUCUAGCUCCAAACUUUUGAUUUUUAAUCGCACAAUUUGUCACGUAAAUGAAAGGUCGCGCGCUCUUUUCCACAAUAAAAUACCAGAUCAGUGAACCUGUACAGAAUUUACCUACACACACUACCACAACAAAUGUGAAUAGUAUUUUUCUAAAGCACUGUAAUGGCCGACCUGGUGAAUUUGUACAUAAACGGGGAGGCGAAGCUCUGAAUUUCCAUCGGCCGUUUCUCCGACUGUUUUUUUUUCCCUCCUGCUUAUCACUACUUGUACAAAAAGAGACGUACAUAUUUGCUUUCUGUGACUGUACCUUUGGACUGGUGGGGAUUUGAUUUUCAAAGUGCUUGUUGACCUUUUUAUCAUGUAAAACUGGGUUCGGUGGCCCUCCUCCAGGCCUCAGUGGCUGUCCUCAUGGAUUUUUUGUUGUUGUUGUUGUUUUAUGUAAACGCUCAAACUCUACAAAAGUGAUGGAGGCAGGCUACUAAGUGUAAUUUAAUAUUUCAGUUCAUACCUGCCAGAUUAACCCACCCAUACUUACAAGCAUAUUUUCCUUUUAUUUAGCACCAUAACUGUGAAACCAGUGCUGCCAACUAACCUAGACAGUGCUACUUGCUCUGCUUAGUUUCUACUAAAUAUAUUACUGAGCCAAGUCUAACUCCAUCCUUUCCCUGAAAGGCAGAGCGCAUCUUUCUCAACCACUUUGUUUCCCUUUUCAUUUUUUUUUUGCAUGCUUUUAGAGGUGAUGUAAAGGAGAGAAGCUUCUCGCCUUUAUCCUUCCACACUCUCUCCUCUUCUCAAGCAUCGUCAUUGGUGACUAUCUCUUCAAGUCCUUCGAAAUCUCACACCCAAAGUUUUAUAUCAGAGUAAUACCCUUCCUCUUGUUUGUUACAUGAAUCUGUCAAAAGUAUAUUUUUAAUUUAAUAUAAAUAAAGAUUGAUUCUGUAUUGUU